AUGACUUCCGUUCCGAAACCUCUUAAAUACUUGAGAGAGUUUUAUCCAAGUUUAAAGGGUGCAUACGAAAGACUCAAACAAAAGGAAGUAAAGACACGUUUUGCGGAAAUUCUGAGUGUGCUCGCUCUAGCCGGAGGCACUCCAGCAUUCAAGGAUUGCUUGAAUUUCUGUAUCAAAGGGGCGGUGAAUAAUCCCGGUGAAUGGGGUCAUGAAUACGUGAGGCAACUCGAAGUAGAGAUAGUUGACGAAUGGACGAAUGCGCCGAUCAAAGAGGAGCAUGAGAUCAGAAAACGUCUUACACCGUUGAUUAAAAGCAUCAUUUCAUUUGACAUAAAACACAACGCGGAAAUACAGGCAUGCGAUUUGUGCUUGGAGAUUGACGAACUGAAUUUCCUCGCGGAACAUUUGGAUUCCACAAAUUUUACACGAGUGUGUCAUUAUUUAAUUAGCUGCGCGGCUUACAGUGAGGACACAGAGAGAAGACAAAUAUUAGAAUUCGCCACAGAGCAAUAUCUGAAGUUUAACGAGUUUACAAGGGCAAUUUUGAUAGCGCUGCAACUUGCGAAUUCAGAACUCAUUUUCAAGUGCUUUCAUGCUUGUCCUGACUCUUUAACGAGGAAUCAACUGGCCUUGAUCCUCGCGCGACUGCAAGAUCAGCCUUUGAGGAUGGAAUAUCAAGGAAACGACGCCAAAGAUAUAGAGGCGAUUUUCAGCAACGGCCAUGUGAAUACCCACUUCCAAAUCCUUGCCAGAGAACUUGACAUACUCGAACCGAAACUUCCGGAAGAUAUAUACAAAAGCUGGUUAGUAAGUGGAUCCAGGCAAAUGGAACACGAUUCUGCGAGGGCGAAUUUAGCGGCGAGCUUUGUUUCUGGUUUCGUACAUGCAGGUUUCGGCCAGGAUAAACUGAUGGCAAACACGUCUGACUGUUGGGUGUACAAGAAUAAGGAGCAUGGAAAGUUGUCAGCUACUGCUUCUCUGGGCCUGAUACAUAUGUGGGACGUCGAUGGCGGAUUAGUUCCCAUUGAUAAAUAUCUUUAUACGAAUGAAGAUUACAUAAAAUCAGGUGCCUUGCUAGCCAUCGGACUAGUAAAUUGUGGAAUUCAUAACGAAUGCGAUCCGGCUCUGGCGCUUCUCAGCGAGUAUGUGAGCUCGAGCAGCCAGAUUCUUCGCAUCGGAGCUGUCUUGGGAUUAGGUCUGGCUUAUGCUGGAUCCAGAAGAAAAGACGUUACCGAACUUCUGUCUCGAGUUUUAGCUGAUGAGCAAAAUAAUAUGCAAGUAUUAUCACUAGUUGCCAUCUCCCUGGGCCUCGUGAAUGUUGGCUCGGGAGAUUCCGAUGUGUCUUCAACUAUUCUGUUAAAAUUAUUGGGGCUAUCUGUAAAAGAACUUGUUACUACGCAUUCCAGAUUUUUGGCGUUAGCUCUGGGAAUGAUUUAUAUGGGAACUCGAGACGCCAUAGAAACACCAUCCGCGGCACUUGAAGCUCUACCAAAGCCGUACAAUUUUGCCUCGCAAACCAUGCUACAAAUUUGCGCGUAUGCGGGCACCGGCGAUGUUUUGAUAGUGCAAGAACUAUUAAGGAUCUGUUCGGAAGCAACUGAGGAAGUAACGAGUGUGAAAACUACGCCUGAAAAUACUCCGAUACCAAGCUGUUGCGAUCAAAGAAAACCACAAGUCACCUCUGCUACGUCAGAAAAGAACAAAAAAGCUGACAAUCAAACCGAGGAGACUGCUAAGAUUAAUUAAUGUUUUAUUAACAUUAGAGACAUUGAAGCGCCGCAGGCAAUAGCAUCCCUUGGAGUAGGAGUAGUCGGACUUGGAGAAGGAAAGGAAAAUUCGAGAAUCUUUGGUCAGGUCGGAAGAUACGGUCCAACGCCAGCGCGACGGGCUAUGCCACUCGCGAUGGCUCUGUCCUCUCUAUCGAAUGCCGACCCAGCAGUCCUGGACGUGUUAAACAAAUAUAGUCACGACCACGACGCCGAUGUCGCUCUCAAUGCGAUCUUCGCCCUCGGUUUGGUAGGUGCCGGUACGAACAAUGCACGGUUAGCGACGAUGUUAAGACAGCUGGCAGCUUAUCACGCGAAAAAUCCGUCUCACCUGUUCCUCGUACGCAUCUCUCAGGGCCUGGUGCAUUUGGGCAAGGGUACUUUAUCCUUAUCGCCCUUGCGGUACGCCUCGAAAGUCUUAGAUUAUACCGCUUUGGCUGGACUGAUGGUUGUCCUUGUUGCAUGUCUAGAUUGCAGAAAUCUUAUACUAUCGCAGUCUCAUUAUUUGAUGUAUUGCUUGGCGGUCGCGAUGGAGCCAAGGUGGUUGGUUACCGUCGACGAAAAUCUUAAGAAUUUGCCGGUAUCAGUGAGAGUCGGUCAUAAUGUAGAUGUUGUGGGAAAAGCGGGUAAUCCAAAAUCCAUUGUCGGCGGUCAUGUACAAACCACACCGGUAUUGCUGUGCGCGGGUGAAAAAGCAGAAUUAGCGUCAGACCAAUACGAAUCACUUUCUAGUGUGCUGGAGGGUUUCGUGAUCCUUCGCGAAAAAGUAUAAUCCUGUGUGUAUUAAUCUUGCAUUCAAUGUGUUGUUUCUACUCGUGCGCGAUUUAAAUUUUUUACAGCAGGCUAUAAUAGAUUAAAAGAAUUUGUUUAACAUUCUGAUGAUUGUUUUGGAUUGUCUCUCGAUUUGACUGCAUCUCCUCUACAAGAACUAUCGUCUACAAAUAAAGUCGAAUGCUAAAAAAUUUUCUUUAAUAGACAGAUCUAUAUAAAACAAAUUAGGAAAAAAAGAUGAUGCAUAUAUAGACUUCGUUGCGGGAUAUUUGUUGAUCAAUGAUCAACGAAAUGGUAACAAUGGCGACGGAUGUUUAGAUUUUUUAUAUACGUUUGCAUUUAUUUAACUUUAGGGACUAGCGGAAGCAAUGUGCUCUAUACAACAGAAACAUACAUUGGUUCGCAUUGCACAGUGGGAACAAUAAUGCUACACCAUGAUCAAGAAUACCGGACACAUGAAAAAAAAAUCACCAAAACCGGCCGCGAGGAUCAUUUAGAUUAUAAUGAAAAUAAAAUAAAAAAGACAAUCACGUGAAUGUAUUACGCGAGUAAAACACAUUCAUAAAAAAAAUUGCAAUAAUGUAAAUCUUAAAUAACUAAAAAUAAUGAAGUAAUUGCAUGUUUGCGAUCAUGGAGCACGUUGGACCUUCUUUGUGAUAAAGCGGUUAUCCAAGCAACACAAUGGUUUGAGAUACGUCUAAAAGAUUGUCACCAAGUGAAAAAUCGGAACAUAUUGCCGGACGGCUGAUCGGGAUCGUGU